UUUAGCCAGAAAAAUACACUUCGUUGGGUAGACGCUGUUCAAAAUAUAGUAGAUGGAAUCAAUGCAAGUGUAAAUCGUGUAACAGGGGUAACUCCGAAUUCUGUAAACUUUAAAAACGCUAGAAAACUUUUCGAGAGGCUAUAUAAGGAAAAUUAUAAUCAUACAGGAUCAAAACAAAAACUUAACGCUGGACAAAUUGUUAGAAUCGCUAAAGAAAAAGGAAAAUUUGAAAAAGGAUAUUUUGCCAAUUACACUGACGAGCUUUUCCGUAUUGUUACUGUUAACGAUAAUCGCGUCCCUACUAUAUAUCGCCUCGAAGAUUUAAACGGAGAAGAAAUUGAAGGAAUAUUCUAUCUUGAGGAAUUGGUUCCCACAUCUCUAGAUACCACGCACAGAAUAGCUGAAAUAUUGAAAACACGUAGAACUCGCGAAGGAUUAAAACAUUUUGUUCGUUGGAUAGGAUAUAAGGAUACACAUAACAGUUGGAUUAAAGAUACCGAUAUUGUACGAUAAUGGAUUCUUUUUAUGUAAUUUUGCCAUCAAACACUGAAGAUGUUGACGGGAAUACCACGUCAAAAUUCACAGUUCGCAUGCCUGAUACUCUUGAACUAGAUUCAACCUGGACAGUUGCUCUAUCGAAUAUUAUUUACCCGUUUUCAUUUUCUUUACUUGAUGACUCAGAAACUAAUGAAACCGAAUCAAUAACCGUAUUUAGAACAUAUAAGGAUGAGGUUCGCUCAACUCGCAUAGAGAUACCAGAUUUAUUCUUUUCUUCGGAAGCUGCAUUGGAAUCAGCAUUAAAUUCAUUUUUAUUAGACGUUUGGGAAAAAGAACUUGAAAAAAUACGAUUAGAAGAGGAAAAUGAAGAAGCAAAGAAAAGAAUUUAUGGAGGGUUUUUUCGACGGAGAAGAGAUGCCGAUAAUACGGAAGUUACAGAAUAUGGCUAUCCCCCAGAAUACCAAAAGAAACUUCUUGAUUUAAACAAAAUUCAAUUAUCUGAUCCUCGAUAUCAAUGGGUCUCCGUACAUCACGACCUAACUCACAAUCGUUUUUGGUUUUGGUUUCAGGUAUAUGCCCGACAUUUCUGGAGGAGUUCGCCAACUAUUAGUAUAUGCACCAAAAUUAGUUGA